CGGUGCGGGUGAUGAGCAGAGACACGCAGGCCCUUCUGGACACGGGCAGCGUGGUUACCCUCCUUCGCCCCGUCUUGGCGGGUGGGAAGGCGGGGGAGCCCAUGGAGGUGGCCUGUGUGCACGGGGGGACCCGGACCUACGAGACAUGCCACGUCGUCAUCCGGACCCCGCACGGGGUGUUCACGGCUCGGGCGGGGAUUGUACCCAACCUCCCCGUGCCGCUCCUGAUUGGGAGGGACUGCCCGAUAUUUCGCCGGCUUUGGACCCCGGCACGAGAAUCCCGGGGCGGGAGAGAUGCGGUCGCCGCCGCGGCAGGAGAGGCAGCUGCCGCCCGCGCAGCGGGAGACGAGGCAGCCGGAGACGAGGUAGCCGGAGACGAGGUAGCCGGAGACGACGCUGCCGGAGACGACGCUGCCGGAGACGAAGCUGCCGGAGACGAAGCUGCCGGAGACGACGCUGCCGGAGACGACGCAGCCGGCGCCGCAGGAGACACCCGGCCCCGGCGAGAUACCAUCCUGGGCGGGUCCCUCGACUACCUGGGGCUUGGACAAAGGGUGGAGGAGUGUGGCAUCCCGCCACGUGGUCCUCGGCCUGGACGGGCCCGGGGUACCGUGGAGGACGGGGUGUACCACCCCCACCCACCAGCCGGAGAGAGAGAGCAGCCCUUUCGGCACCCCAAUCAGGGUGAUUGGGGGACACCUGGGCGAAAGCACGGGAGCCAUGUUAAAAGGAGGACCAGCCCAGCACAGCAGGGGCACGGGAGCAGGAAGGAAGUGCUCGUGGCAGUGAGAGAGCCAAGAGGCCCACGGAGGCCCGAGAGACCGCGUCUCCUUUAUGGUUGAUUGUUAAGUUGUUUGUGAAUAAAUGCCUGAAAUGGCUUUAACCCCAAUGCCGAGCGAGUUUUGUAAGUGGAUUCCGGCUCAACCGAGCACCGGGAUACCACAAUAUAUAUAUAUAAUUAGGCUAUAAUUAUAUUAUUUAGCGUGUAAUGAGACAAUCUAUAGCCAAAUUGUCGAAGAUGCCCGAGAAUCUCCGGAGAUAUCAGCAUGGGAAAUCGGCGCAACAGACCCAUGAACCUAUAAAGAAAGACGUCAUCUCAUGCGGGAGAGAACGUUUGCGGUGCUGGUUUGUGUCACUAGAGUGGUGGAGGGAUGACGUAUGUUGGCCGACCCGGAAGUGAGCGUCGCCCUGGGUUCCCUUGACAAAAACACAGGUUUUUCCAUUUCCAGGAUUUUGGAUUAUUGCAGAAACAUUUGCAUCUUUGAAGCACCUCCUCAAAAACUG